CAACGCCAUCCCGGACCCCACGAUCCAACUUUACUCUCCAGGACGUAUUCCUCGUGUCACACAGAACUCUUCGUCGCAGUCGGGGACCCCUCGUGCGCGCACAAUGACAAAUCGCCCUCCGCAUGCCUGGCCGUCUUACGUCCAGUCGUUCGCUCGCUCUCCUUAUCGACCUCCAUCUGCGCCAGGGCUCCAUCGCGCGGUCUCUUCCCCUCGCAAGCGACGAUUUCUGCUGAUUCGACAAACAUGGAGCGCACCGGCUCCGAUGAAACGAAACAUGAGACACGGGCCCCGGUCGACUCUUUGAAGACUUUGGAUCCAGGUGCCCGGUUGCCGCUCCCACGGAAGAACUCGCCGUUCAAGCUCUGGUCUAAGGCGAGUCGGCUGGCUGCGAUAUCGAGGCCCUUGAAGGACGUCGUCGACAAGUUGGCUGCGGAUCCGGGAAGAGCGCAUACAGUGCCUAUCCAGGGCGAACUGGGGAUAAACCUCCGCGUCGAACUCUGUGGGGCGAGUGAGGUUUUGCAACGGAGUAGGGAAGCGGUCCUGAGGCGCAAGAGAAUCUUGGAUCGCCUCGGGAAGUCGCAAGCGGCAUUCGAACAUCUGGCUCAACUGGCGCUGCCUUUCUGUGAAUUGAAUCCGAUAACAAAAGCAAUCUCUGGUGCACUAGGUGUCAUAUAUACUGCGCGUCGAUUGCCACCCCGCCUUCUCGUUCCUUUUCCGAGGGAUGCAAACCCCGCAGAACCUCAAAGACCUGCAAGACUGGGACGCCAACCUAGUCCAGCUUAUAGACGACAUGACCCAAGCUCUCGCUUACGUCCAAGACCUGCGGGCGAUGGAAUCGACGGCCCAUCUCAAGCAGACUCUGAUCGAAUUCGACCACUCGGUCCAAGACUGUGCGGCUCUCAUCGCAGAUCAGGCCAAAACCGGCUGGAAGGACGCGCUGACCGGCGCACAUGUGACAGCGAUGCAGGCUCUGUGCCGUCGCUUUGAGCGCUGGCGUGUUCAGUUUCACGUCAGUCUGCAGGUCGACAUACGGUCCACGUUGAACGACAUCACCGAACAACAAAAGAAGUUCUUCGAGAGGGAGCGCUGGAAGAUUCUCGACAUGAUCCGGCCCCCGGAAGGCACAGACGAGUGCCUCGUCUCCGGAUGCAUGGCAGGCACGCGCGAAGGUGUGCUCGCCCGCGUCGACGCCUGGGCCCGGCGCACCGACGAGAAGAACAUCCUCUGGAUCACGGGCCACCCCGGCUCCGGCAAGAGCUGCGUCGCGCGCUCCGUCGCCGACCGGCUCGACGCAGAUCACUCUGGAGCGGCCGGCUGCUUCUUCUUCUCCCGUGGGACUAGCUGCAAUCCCAUCACCGCGACGCGGGCGCUGUGCGCUGAUCUCGCGCAGUCGCAGUCGGCCUUUGCGGAUAUCCUCAGCGCCCAGUUCACAGAUCAGCGCCCGUCCACGAUCAAUUUCCGACUGGCCAAGGCUCCCGAGACGUGGCGCAGACUGAUCCACACUCCGCUGGGUCGGUAUGCGGAGAAUACAGUGGACGACGGGCAGCGCACGCUCGUUCUUAUCAUCGAUGCCCUGGACGAGUCUGACGGCGUUGCGAAUACACCCUCGGCGACUCCAGCGACUGGGUUCCUGGACGCAUUGGCGACGUGGGCCACCCUGUCCACGUCGUUGCGACUCAUCGUGACGAGCCGCACGCAGCACCCGAUUCCCGAGGCACUAGAAGCGAUCAGCGAGCGCCUGGAUCUUUCGGCUACCACGGCCGACGAGACGUGGCGCGAUAUUUACCACUUCUUGACGGCGAGCCUCCAGCGGAUCCGCGCGGAGUUCCUGCUCCCCCGCUCGUGGCCGCGCGAGGCUGACAUCGACCGGCUCGUGGAUCUGGCCGGCGGGCUGUGGGUCUGGGCACACACGGUCGUGCAGCUGCUGUGGACGGUCGAGGCCGAGUCCGUACUGCGCCGCAUUCUGUCUGUAGGCAUCGCAAAGGGGGGGCAGAUAUGGGAGCUGUACCGCACCGUGCUGCUGAUCGCGUUUCCCCGACAGCAGGAGGACGGCGACUGGGGCCCCGCGUUUCUGGAGGACUACGCGCGCCUCGUCGGCGCCCUCGCGUGCUUCCCCGGCCGCGUGGCCCGCCGCGGCUCGCCGUUGCUCCACAUCCUACGUGUCAACCGGCCCACGCGCAAGUGGAUCGUCCAGCAGCUGCGCCCGGUACUCAAGGACCACGCGCAGUAUCUGGCAUUCGAGCACCGCACCUUCGUCGAGUUCCUGACUCGCUCUGAGCGGUGUCCGGAGGAAUUGCGCAUCGACAGCGCUGUUGCAGCUAGGAUGAUCGCGUGCGCGAUGCUGGAUGAGCUCAGAGCGAGUCUGCGAUUCGAUGAAACAUGCUUCAAGUCUUCGAGGAGGGAGAACAGUCCCCGAAGUACGGAUAUUUCCGAGGAGUUGAAAUUCGCAAGCUUGUACUGGGCUGAGGGGUUACCCGCUUUGCUUGAUCCGGAUGAUGAAGAUCAGUUCUCGGGACUGAUCCGCGAUUUCUUGAUGACGAAGUUCCUCUUUUGGUUGGAGGUGCUGAGCUUGUGCGGGCGGAUGGAGAGAGCGCUUGUUCAAUUAGAGAGUCUGAAGCAGGCUUUACGGGUGUGCAUUUCUCACUAUGGUACUCGCCAGUCGGUGAUUCCCCUGCAGAAAACUCGAUGGCGACUCGACGCUCCCACGGUUCCACCAAGCACGUGGUCAAUGUUGGAUUUCAUCGACGAUGCGCUAUCGUUCGUCGAAUGCUUCAUGCCAUGCGUGAAGCGCAGUGCCCCGCAUAUCUACCUCUCCUCCAUCUCCCUAUGCGAUUUGACCUCAAGGAUACACCAAACUUACGCGCCCUCGCUGGCGCGCUAUGCCCACGUGACAGUCCAAACCGCGCACGAUCUCCGAGAUGGCCGUGACGAGACAUUGCAGGAUGUGAUCCACGUCCCAGACGUGUCGGACGACGUGCUGUUGCUCGAGGGCCACGCGGACCGCGUCAUCGGUGUCGCGUUCACCGCCGCGGACGAACACGUGGUAUCCUGCUCGGCGGACGGGUCCGUGCGGUUCUGGGACCCGCUCACGGGCAGGCCGAUAUUCACGCCGUUCGUCGAGGAGGGUGCGGCACGGGUGUGCGCGGUAUCGCCGUGCGCGGUGUUUCUUGCUGCAGGCUUCGUGAAUGGAAAGGUGAGGGUCUGGGAUUUGGACGCCCACGCGCCAAUCGCCUCGCUCGACGUGCAUGCGUCGCCUGUGGUAGCCUGCGCUCUGUCCGCGGCGGGCGGGCGCGCCGCCGUGGGGCAUAGAGACGGCACGGUCCGGUUCUGGAACGUCAGAGAGCAGUCCGAGUAUCGGCGGCCUUUCAACUCCGAUUCGAGCGUGUGCAUCUCCGCCGUGGUGUUCGUGGACACGCUCACGUGCCUUUCUGCACAGGGUCACGUCGUCACGCUGCAUCGCGCUGACGGCGACAGCCACGUGAUCCUGCAGCACGAGAAGAGUCUCCGCGCAGCCUCCCUCACGCACGAUCCGCGCCGACUCAUUGCUACGACGUCGACGAACCAAGUCGUCGUCUGGGACAUAUCGGAUUUAGACAGCCCGAGCGACGGGAUGGAGCUGCCGGCCGGGAUCCCGAACGACAUCCACUGCGUCGCCGCGCACGCCGAUCUCCUCGCACUCGGCAUCAGGGACACGAUCCAAGUGUGGGACAUCCGCCUGCAAAAGCCCGUCCUGGGCUCCCUGGCGGGCCAUUCCGGGCGCGUGACCGCCCUAGCUUUCUCACGUGACGGCGGGCUCCUGCUGUCCGGCUCCCAGGACCGGUCGAUCCGGGUCUGGGACAUCAGCACGCCAGAUGCGACGAGCGUGCAGGGCAUCCCGAACGACGCGAGGAUGGACUCGGAGGGGUGGAUCGUUUCGGGGAGUGAUCUGAUCGUGUGGGUGCCGCCCCAUCUGCGACGACGACUCUGCUGGGGCCGCACGAAGGCGGUGCUCGGCGGCCGGCCGGCCGCAGUGAUCGAAGUCGUCCCGGAGCUGAUUGGGAGCAGAUGGCACAAAUGCUGGCUGGGCAAGAAUAAAUAA